AUGAAUUUUUCGAGAUCGAGAUUCAAAAUCUCAAAAUUGCUGCUGAAAAAAAGACCUACGUUUUCCGGCGUCGAAAACUUAGAUGACAACACUAAAGUUUCUGCGCUGAAGGCUUCAUCUUUUGUCGUUUCCCUCGUCUCAUCUUCUGGUGCCUCCGUAUUGAGUCAAAAUUGCGGAGCAAUUGUUGAAAGAGAUGGUAAUACCAAUAUUGUAAUCACAUCACUCAAUUUAGCACGCCCUUGUGAUGAAACCAAAUUUCGUAAAAACGAUUUGGCAGAUGAUUUAAAGGUGGUUGUUUAUGCUAGUGAUGGUAGUUGCUUUUUUGAGCCGGCAAAGUUAUCCAUGAUUAAUGACGCUAGUGUUUCGGAAACUGAUUUUCUUCGUCGUCAUUCAAACAAAUCAAAACAUGGUGAUAACGUAAUUGUAGUUGGCCGUUAUUUUCAAGGGGUAAAUGCAUAUAUGGCCGCUCCGGGUGUGUUAAGUUUGAACCGGUUUAGGUCCGAGAAAUAUGAUUGUAACGAGCUUUUUACGAUAAGUUCUCGUUUUACUCGGUGUGGGGAUGGAGCUUCUGUUAUAAGCACCUCAAGAGAAUUGCUUGGAAUUACUUUCUUUGACAUCAGUACUUCAUCACCUCUUCUGCCCAUCAACCUUAUCAAUAAGAUGUGGGAGCAUUUCAAAGAACAUGGGAAAAUGCGCCACCCCUCUUAUGGUUUUGAUGCUAAGAAUGUUCGCUUCGCCCUACUGCCUAAGCUUGAGAGUUGA